AUUCAGUAGUUGUAGUUUAUUUCUUCAUUUGUUCAUUCUCUCUCAUUUUCUUAGAGCCUCACAAAAAUGGACUCUCGUAGGCCAAACCCAUCCUCACUCUCCAAACAAAAAUCAGACGAUUUUGCUCCAGAUGAUGAUGAUGAUAGCGUCGAAGAAGAAGAUGAAAAUUACGCAAGUGAAUUUGGGAUUUCUUCGGAAAAAGGUGGUCUUAAGAAGAAGAACAAGAAGAAGAAGGUGAAAGUCGGUUUCGAUGGUGGUUCUGGGAAGAAACGGGGGGGUGGUGGUGGUGGGUUGUUGUCGUCGCCGCCGCGUUGUCAAGCGGAGAAGUGCGAAGCUGAUCUGACGGAGGCGAAAAGGUACUACCGCCGCCAUAAGGUUUGCGAACUCCACGCCAAGGCUACGGCGGCGAUUGUCGCCGGACUCCGGCAGAGGUUCUGUCAGCAAUGCAGCAGGUUUCAUGAGCUAUCUGAGUUUGAUGACACAAAGAGAAGUUGCCGAAGGCGUUUGGCGGGGCAUAAUGAGCGACGCCGGAAGAGCUCAUCGGAAUCACCCCAUGGAGGAGGAGAAGGGUGUAGUAGCCAAAGAUUGGGCAGUGAGUUGAACGAAAAUCACUGUAGUAGGCAGGCAGACGAUAGAGGCAGAACUCUGAUAGCUUUUCCUGGGAAUCCAACUUACAAGCAAUUCCACAUCAAAUGAUUUAGUUGUUGAUUCUCAUGAGGCUUACUCUCUUCUGUCAUAUUCUAUUGAAUCUAUCUCCUGCUACAAAUGAUUCUAGUAUUUUAUCUUAUGCUCUGUUGUUGAUUUGUGUCCAGAUCAAGUACAUAAUUAAGUUGGGUCAUGAUUUACUUCUUGUUGUGGGAUAGUUGGUUUACACUUGUAUAUGUACCUCUGAGGAUCUGAUUCCAAUAAUAACUAUCUUUAUUAGAACAAA